AUGUUCCGGGCUCAUGUUCCGGGCUCCGGGAAUGUUCCGGGCUCCGGGGUGUUCCGGGGAUGUUCCGGGCUCGGGGAUGUUCCGGGCUCGGGGGUGGUCCCGGGAUGUUCCGGGCUCUUCGGCGGAGGCUACUGCCCCUCCAAGUACGGCGUGGAGGCCUUCUCUGACAGCCUCAGGCUGGAGAUGCGCAACUUCGGGGUGAAGGUCUGUGUGAUCGAGCCGGGCUACUUCAAAACCAUGAUCACCAACGUUGAGAACCUGGAGAAGAAUUUCUAUGCCAGCUGGGAGAAGCUUCCUGCAGAGAUCAAAGCGAGUUACGGGGAGGGUUACUUGAAGGAUUUUGUGGCGACCCUCAAGCUGCUGCAGAAGGGCUACAACACCGACCUGUCCCUGGUCACCAACUGCAUGGAGCACGCUCUGACCAGCCUGCACCCCCGCUCACGCUACUCGGCCGGCUGGGACGCCAAGCUGCUCUACCUGCCCCUCAGCUACCUGCCCUCAGCCCUCAGCGAUGCCCUCUUCUCCUUGUUCUACCCCAAACCUGCUGGGCAAGCCUGAGGUGGGCAUGCAGCUGGCAGCCAGGAGCAGAGGGAGAUGCAAUAACACACGCUGGGAUCAAGAAUUGGCUGCGGCCACGUCCCUGAAUUUGUAGCUGCGUGUAGCUCAGAAUUUGUAGCUUGGAAUUUGUAGCUGUCUGUCCCUCUGUGCCCUGCUCACCGGUGGGUUUGUCCUGAAUAAAGACGCCCUGUCCCCUCCUG